CAACCUUCACUUUUCCCCCCCUAUCCAAAUCGCUUCCUCCAACUAAAAUCUCUCCACCACCAUGAGACCUCGUCCACAAAUCUCUUCUUCCCCACAAGCCACUCUUCCCUGCCCCAAGGCCCAAAGUUUGCAGCAAGGCUUUGUGGCUCGAAAUCUUUAAUGGCCAACCCAACUCCAGACUAGAUUUCCCCCGGUACCAGCGUGCUGCUUUUGCCGGUCUUCGCCAACCUCGUGUCAUCCCGCGGUGACCGUCGUCUGUCCAGCACUCAGCUCCUUCCACUAGCAGUGCAUCUCGGAGUGGCGGUAACACCUCACCACAAGUUAUUUGUAAGAGCGUAGCUGCGUAGGUAUGGAUGUGGCGGUGGCGGUGGCGAGCGCUGUGGCGAGCAGCGUUGUGCCUAGGCUGUUGACAGUCUUGGAAGAAAGGUCCAAGGAGUUGAGGGACAUUGAGGAAGACAUCUGUUUCUUUCAUCGAGAGCUUCCCAUGAUUUAUGGUUUGAUGGGGGGUCAAAUCUCGCACAAGGAGCAGCCCAGUGGCACUGAGAUAUUAUCCAUGGAAGAAUUCCAGGAUUUGGCGUAUAACAUCGAGGACUGCCUAGACAGGUUCCUUCCUUGCGGUGAAUGCGAGGGAGAGCAACAUAUCCGCGAUCCAAGCAAUUUUCGUGAUGAGAUCGCGAGGCUCAAGCGGGAGGUGGCUGCGGCGCAACGGCGGAAAAAGAUAUACGUCGUCGCCGGAUCCAACGUCGACAACAGCAGCACAACUGACGAGGAUGAUACGGGCACAUAUGAAGCUUGUCCUGCUGCGGGCAUCGAGGAAGCAAAGGAAGAUGUUUGGGCGUUGUUGGUUUGCGGCGAAGCAAGCAAGCUGAGGGUGGUCUCCAUCGUCGGAUUUGGUGGCUCAGGUAAAACCACACUCGCCUGGGAAGUCUACAACUGCCCUCAAGUCGCCAAGCAAUUCAGUUGCCGUGCGUGGGCGCCGGUGGCGUCCAAGCAGAAACACGACGUGGCAGCCAAGCAGGCGCUCUUGACGGCCAUACUAAAGGGGCUUCUUGGAGACGAAGCACGGGAGCCCGUGCCACAGAGACUCCUACAACUCCAACAGCAUAUCCGUCUUCUUCUUCAGACUAAGAGGUGUUUAAUUGUAAUUGAUAACAUCAAGAUGGAGCUCUGGGACGCAAUAAAACCCAUCUUCCCAGAAGAAACAGAGAGCAGAAUGCUUGUGACCACAACUAUGACUUCGGUAGCUAAUGCAUGCAGCUUGCCUGACGGUUAUGUUUACAGUAUGAGAUCUCUUAGUGCAAAACAGUCCAAGGAUUAUCUAGACAAGAAGGUGUUCGUCGGUGGAUGCUCACCUGACUGGGAGAGGGGUUCAACUGCAAUCGUGAACAAAUGUGAUGGUCACCCACUUGCUCUUGCUAGUGUUGCCAAAGCUUUGCAAGGUCACAAGUUGACUGGAGAUCUCUGCGAAGAAAUGACCCGCGACCUAUGUUCUCGUAUGGACGAGAACAAGAAUGGUCACUUCACAAGACUAAAGCAGGUUCUUAUGAAUAACUACAGCAGUCUGCCUGACAAUUCUCUCAAGACCUGCUUACUAUACUCAGGUGUAUUCCCAAAUGAUCGCCCCAUCAGCACGAAAACUCUUGCCAUGCGAUGGUUAGCCGAAGGAUACAUUGGUGACCAAGAGAUUGCCGAUAAGAAGUUGGAUGAGCUAAUUGACAGAAAUAUAUUUCGGCCUAUUGACCCAAGCAACAAUGGAAAAGCCAAGGCGUGCAAACCUCAUGGCAUCAUGCACCAGUUCUUGUUGCACAAGUCGGUGGCUUCAAAAUUCAUUGCUACAUCUUUCGGUGCUAAAAACCGAAGUAAUUCCCGGCAUCUCGUUAUUGAGAACCAUAAAAAUAGCACAGCAUGCAACAUGGAACAUGGUACUGGCCGCCUGAAGAAUUUCUUUUCGUCUUUGCAAGGAAAGGUUGAUAACUUCAUUGCAGGGCCGCCCGGCGAGCAGCUGCGCCCACGGUCUCUAACAGUCUUUGGGAGUGCAGAAGAAACUGUUUCAGAUUUGGCUAGUUUUGAGCUUCUGAGAGUGUUGGAUCUAAAAGAAUGCAAUGGUUUGAAUGAAGAACAUCUUGGGCACAUAUACAAGCUGUUGCAUCUCAAAUAUCUGGCACUCGGGAGCUCUGUUAGCAAUCUUUCAGUUGAAAUGGGAAGGCUUCAUUAUUUAGAGACACUCGACUUGAGAAAGACCAAGAUAGAAACAUUGCCGGUGGAAGUCAUUAUUCUGCCCCACCUACUACACCUGUUUGGAAAGAUUAAGCUAAAGGAGGUAAGUCGCAAGAACCGUAAGAAGUUCCUGCAAGGAAAAAGUAAUUUGCAGACUCUAGCAGGAGUUGUUAUUGACAGCAACUCUGCAUUCCCGGAACUGAUGGUUCAUAUGAAAAAACUGACAAAGGUCAAGAUAUGGUGCGAGAUCAUUGACACAGACAUCAAUUAUACCAUGCUCUCAGAGGCCAUUCACAAGUUUGCUCAGGCUGGCAUGGGUACUCCAGUAGGUGCCCGCUCCCUAUCACUCCAUCUGAAUGAUUCUUCCAAAGAUUUGCUUCAUUGCUGUCAAGGCGACAACACAAAUGCAACACCAAGAAAGCUUGGUUAUCUUAGCUCACUGAAACUGCAAGGCGGCCUGAGUCAGUUCCCUCAGUUUGUUAUGUCCCUCUGUGGUCUGAAAGAGUUGUGCCUUACAUAUACUAAUCUGACAGGAGCUGAUCUUCUACCAGGUCUGCGUAGCCUCCAGUACUUGGUUUAUCUCAAACUGGUUGAAGUCCAUUUUGGGGAUUUAGACAUCAUGGUUGGGGAUCUCCCAAGCCUGCAAUGUCUAUGCCUUGUGAUGCAGGAACCCAUGUUGCCCACUAUCCAAAAAGGAGCUCUGCCGAGACUCACUUCAAUUCAAUUGCUCUGUAAAGACCUAAAAGAUGUUUGUGAAAUCAAACUGGAAUUGUUCAAAGGUCUUCAGGAAAUAGCUCUGGAUUCUAUGGUCAAUCCGGAAACCAUAAAACACUGGGAAGCUGAAGCUAAGGAGCACCCUAAGAGGCCAAGUGUUUUGUUGCUCGAAAGGGUCGUUGGUCCAGACGAAACUAGCCCUUCGGUGAAAUAUGUUGUCCCGUGCCAAGUCGACAACGAUCGCUACACCAACACUUGUGCUAUCGAUCACAUGGAAAUCGACUUUGAUCAGCUCACUCUUCAGACCAAGUACCGCAGGUCUGAUCAAUUCAUAGUUGGCAGCAAGCGAUCUCGAUCACCUCACUCUCCAGGAAGGGUCUGAGCAAAUUCAACGCAAUGGAGCAGGGUCAGACGUUGAAGAAACAAAUUUAGCAGGGCAGAUGUGAAGCCGGAUGCUGUCCAUUGCACUCAUCGUCCAUUCAGCGGCCCUAGAAGUUAGCAAGGCACCCUGUUCAUCCUUCUUCUCAUGUCGUCCGGUCACUUUACUUUUUGAAUAAAUUUCCACCAUGUAGCAUGGCAGAUUCUUCUGUUUGGGUGUAGCAGGCCAACUAGGGAAGCAUUUGCUUUCCCCAUUUCUACUCAUGUAUCAAAUCAAAGUCACCUAUAGAAUUUGUACUUAAGGGUCCUGCACCCGAGUUUGUCGGAGAAUAAAUGUAUUGUGUCAGUUCUAUGGAUGAUUAGUACGAUAAAUGCACUUGGAUACAUUCGUUUCAUGCGAAA